GCCAUGAUGGUUUUGUGUGUCUGUGUGUGUGCGCGAAGAUGUGUGCAUCAGUAUGCGCGAAUGAGUGAGUGAAUGCGAAAGAGGAGGAGAGAAUGAGAGAGACGGGAGGAGGGGGCCCCGCCAGGACCGUGGAGCCUCGCUCUCUCCUCUUGGAGGAGUUGUGGCGGGGUCUGAAGCCCACUCCCCCAUUUGCCAACCUCAAGGGGGGUGGGUGGGUUUAAAAAAAACCCUUAUGUGGGAGGAGGGACAGCCGGGCAGCGCAGAGCCCCCUUGAGGGAAGGAGCAGAGGAAGGGGUGGGGGGCACCAGCCUCUCUCUCUCUCUCUCUUAGGAGGGGAGGGGAGGGGGAGAGCCCCAAUCCCGCAGGGGGAACAGACCCCCUCCUCAAAAUAUACCCCCCUUGGCAUUGCUUUGGAGAGGGUGCCGGGUUGGGAGGGGGGACUCUUUCUGAGUGGAGGGUGGGGAGGCGGACCACCCAUGCCCUAGAUGAGCCCUUAAUUCAAAAGGAGGGAAGGGGCUGUGAGCUGAUCAUUGGGGAGGGGGUGCAGCUCCAGACUCCCCUCCUCCCCUUCCUGCUGCAAAGUGAAGGGAGAUGUAGUUGGAGGGAGAAGCCAGAAAGGGCAGAGCCCCCUCCUCCUCCUCCUCCUCCUCCUCCUCUUCUUCCACCUCCAGCGAGAGCGAGGGGAGUGGUCUUGCCUGCAUUUGAAAAGGGGAGGGUGGGUGUUCAGGCAACUGAGGAAAAUCUCAGUGGUGGGCAGAAGAGGAGGAGGAGUCAAGAGGGAGCCAGGAGGGCUAGAGGGGGGGUUGCACCCGCCUAGGGAAUGCCAAGGAUCUAAUCCCAAAUUAGGGGUGCAGGAGGUGUCCCCCCCCUCCCCAAUAGGUGUGUGUGUGUGUGUAUGUGUGUGUAUGGCACAGCGUGUGAGCUCCCUCUCUGAUUACUGCACGGUGGGGAGAGGUAGGGUGGGGGGAGAACUCUUCUCACAUAUCAUUCCCUUGUUUUCUCCCAAGGGCAAAGCAGGAAAUAGUGGAUAGAACUGGAGAGGGGGAGAGAGGUGUUUGUGUGAGUGUGUGUGUGUGUGUGUGUGUGUGUAGGGGGGGCACCGCUGCUAUGAAUUUGUAAUAGCCUCUUUGGGGAGAUUGGCCCGCCCCUCUUCCCCUUUUUCCACCCCACUCCUCAUUUUUUGUUGGAGGGGGGGUGACUCGGAGCCGCACGCAAACACAGAUCCUUCAGCAACUGGCUGGAUCUCCUCUCUCUCUCUCUCUCUCUGCCUUCUCUCUCCCCCACCCCUCACUUCCCACCAUGACAACAAAUCUAGCAUUAGAAUCGCCAUCCACCCCAUGGCCACACAGCAGGCUGCUGAUGGAUGGGGAAGAGUCUUUGGUGCCUAGAUGUGCUUCCCAAAGCCCAGAGAGUAGCUGAAGCGGGACAUAGCCAAUGUCGUCCAGCAAAGGGGCAGGGGCUGGAGCUCGCCGGCGGCGGACGCGGUGCCGGAAGUGUAAAGCGUGCCUGCGAUCAGAGUGUGGGGAGUGCCAUUUCUGUAAGGACAUGAAGAAGUUUGGGGGUCCUGGACGCAUGAAGCAGUCCUGCCUGCAGAGGCAGUGCACAGCGCCAGUUCUACCUCACACGGCCGUGUGCCUGGUCUGUGGGGAGGCCGGGAAAGAGGACACCGUAGAGGGUGAAGAGGAGAAGUUCAACCUGUCACUCAUGGAGUGCACCAUUUGCAACGAGAUUGUGCAUCCAGGCUGCUUGAAGAUGGGAAUCGCUGAAGGGGUCAUCAACAACGAAAUUCCAAACUGCUGGGAAUGCCCCAAGUGCAAGAGGGAAGGCAAAUCAAUGAAAGAUUCAGGGGACGGCACAGGGAAGCGGCGUUCGGAUAAUGGUGAGGAAGGGGUCCGGUGGAAGCUGACUGAUGAGCCUGCUCAGAACAAGAAGAAGUUGCCACCAGCACCGCCUUUGCCCCCACCGCCCUCCGAGGAGAGUCCGGUCCAGAUGAGUGCUCACAAGCGCAAAAAGGAGCUCCCAGCCCCCGAGACGGGACCCAAGAAGAAGUUGAAAGGUACCCGGGAAAAACAUUUGAAAAAGGGAGCCGAGCAACCGCUUGAUGGAAACAAAUUGGAUUCCAUGCAGACCUGGAGUCGCAUGGGUGGUGGUGACUUUGAGGUGAAGGGGGCCAUCUCCCACCCGUCUAUUCACCUGAGCCAGAUCACAGCCAGUGACUUAGAGAAACCAAAGGGACCACCGGGGCCUUUGGAGCCCUCCGCCCAGACAGACAAGUCCCAUCAGCGGGAGAAGUUGGAGCGCUUCAAGCAGAUGUGCCAGAUGUUGGAGCGGGUGAAGAACAGCAGCAGUUCCAGUUCCAGUUCAGACUCGGAUUCUGACACGGAUUCACGGGGCUCCGACGGUUCCAGCGGAGGGGUGUCGAGCCGAGCCAACUCCCCAACCACCCGUUCGCAGCGCUUGGCAGCCCUGGGCUUCAGUGCCAGUGAGGACGAGGAGGACGAGGAGGACGAGGAAGAGGAGGGAGGGCGGCGCAACGGCAGCUCGGAGACGACGCGUAAUGGGAAGCAGCCCAAAGCUCGGGGGAACUCUCAGGAGAAGGAGAACAAUCAUCGCCCGUCCAGCAGGGGGAGCGAGCGGGCCAAGCAGCAGGCGGGAGGCCGGAAAGCCGGCCGGCCCGCUGGACAGACGGGACUCCGCAUGGUAGCCCGGACUCAGUUUCUGAACUGGCCUUUGGUGCCAUCCCCUCCCAAGCCGCUACUGCAGCUGGAGAGGCACGUGAUCCGGCCUCCCCCGGACAGCCCUGAACCCGACUCCCUGCCCUUGGACAGCGGUUCUGACCAUAUCGUGCAGCGGGACAUUUGGUUGGCCGUCUUCCAGUACCUCAGCUAUCGGGAGCUUUGCGUUUGCAUGAGGGUGUGCCGGACAUGGAGCCGUUGGUGCUGUGACAAGAGGCUUUGGACGUACAUUGAUUUGAGCCAUCGGAAAUCUAUCACUCCCUCCAUGCUGAGCGGAAUCAUCCGAAGACAGCCAGCCAGUCUUGAUCUGAGCUGGACCAACAUCUCCAAGAAGCAGCUAAUGUGGCUCCUGAACAGGUUGCAAGGCCUUAAGGAGCUCAUCCUAACAGGCUGCUCUUGGUGCUCCGUGUCGGCCCUCGGCACCGCCAACUUCCCCUCCCUACAGCUCCUAGAUUUGCGUUGGAUUGAGGAUGUCAAGGAUUCUCACCUCCGCGAGCUGCUCUUGCCUGCCACAGAUGCCAAGCCUGGCCAGACAGAAAGCCGGGGCCGGCUCCAGAAUGUCUCUGAACUACGGCUCUCCGGCCUGGACAUCACAGACGCAUCUCUGCGCUUGGUAAUCCGGCACACCCCUCAGCUUGCCAAACUGGACCUGAGCCACUGCAACCAUGUAGGUGACCAGUCUGUUAACCUGCUGACCGCUGCUAAUUCUCCACUCCGAGAGACCCUCGCUGAACUCAACCUCACCGGAUGUAACCGGCUGACGGAUCAGUGUCUGCCCCUUUUCCGCCGCUGUCCACGCCUCUCCCGUAUUGACCUCCGUUCCUGUCACCACAUCACGACAGAGGCCUGUGCCCGAUUUGCCGAGGACUCGGUCUCCAACAGCAACGCUGUGCCCCCCGCCCCCGGCGCACCCUCACCUCCUUUUCGUUGCCCCGAGGAGAAAUUGCUGCUGAAGGACAGCUAAUACUCGCCCUGGGGUGGAGGCGCAGAAAGACUCAGCUUCACCAAUCCGACCGUCGGACAUGGACUCUGAGAGAACCUUUUUACUUAAAGCCAUGCACUGAACCGGAGUGGCAUCUCCACCCCCUUACUUGUGCAGCAAAGAGGGUGCCGGUGGGGGAGGGGGGAUCGUGCCCCCUUCCCCAGGCCCGGCCUGCUGAAGGCCAGGUGGCCUUUUGCUCCAUCCACUUGUUCCUGGACAGCCGCGGAGUAAGUGGGGGUCCGAGGUAGCCUUGUCGCUUUACAAUGCUGGGGAAAAUGCGUAUUCCUCCCACCAUGCACUGCGUCUCCCCCUCUUUCCCCCUCCCCCGCCUCCAAAUAUCCCUCCGUGCCACCAUUGGUACACCCCGCUAUCUCGGGGCGACAGGGGAGGGGGGGAGUUGACAUUCAGCCUUGAAAUUCUGGCUUGGGAGGAAGGCAGCUUCUUUGAUGGGGUCGGAUAUAUUACGUUUUUCCAGCCCCCGUUCCUUGCCCAAUGCAAAUGUGCACUCCAACCUCAUCGGCCCUCCCCUACCCCCCCCCUCCCACAUGCUGCCUUGAUUGUUUUUAAAGGGUGUGUGAGUGUGUGAGUGCGCGUCCUUGUCAGCCUGCCCACCCACUUCCUUUUCCUCUCUUCCCAGUUGUGCAUCUGCAGUGUGGUUUUCCAAGGGGGCCAAGCAAGGACCAGCCAGCUGAUUUCCGGAUUUCCUUUGCCCUGUCUUUUCCCACUGCUGUACCUGCUGGGGCUCCUUCCUGCCUCUCUCUACCGCUGUCUCUUUCCCACAGCACCGGACGGUCUCUGGAGCCGGCACAUCCAUUUGAUCUGCUUCCUGCAUCGGUGCCCUUUGUGCCCCUAAUUCUCUUCUCGCCCGUCCAUUGGAGGCCAGAAAGUAUCUCUAUAGGUAUCCUUCCCUUGAGAUUCUCUCCUCCUCCUCACUCUCCCUCCCAGCCGAUCCCAGUAUGCAGCUGAGGCCUCCUGGGGAUGCAGCUUUGCCAAAUGUCAUCCCCAGUGCCUCACUGGAUGCCCACACUGUGAAACACACCUGCUGCGUCCUGCACGCACAGCGUGCCUGCUGCUGUCUUGUUUACGCAUUAAACCUACAUAUGCAUGCGCUCGCAAGCCCACACAAUGUGGAUGGAAUCCCUCGCCAAAUUUUGGGCCUUUCCUCCUUUGCCAAGUUAACUUUCAUCCUACACACAGACACAAGGCGUCAGUGUGUGUCUUCGCUGCUUUUGACCAGUAUGGACUGCAAGUGGUGAUGGUGGGGGAAUAAAGAGUUUUGCUCAUGGGAGCAGAGAGGCAAGGCGGAACACUUUGUCCAAAAGAAAGGGAGUAAAGGGGAGGCACUAAACCUGUCUCACUCGGCGUGUGUUGGGAUCCUUCCUAGAGGAAAGGCCUCUAAAAAUCCACUCUCCCCUCUCCCUCCAAGCCCCCUCGGGCAACGUGUCCACUCAGCACAGUAUUUCUCAGCCAUUAAGACGUGCGGACUUCAACUCCCAGGAUUCCCCUGCUAGCAUGAAUUCUGGGAAUUGAAGUCCGCACAUCUUAAAAGUUGCUGAGGUUGAAAAAAACACAAGUCUACAGUAUUGUUUCAGGGCCCUGGGCUGUUCCUGGAGGAAAUUCCCACUCAGGCUGUUUUCAUCCCACUUUGGCAGGCUGGAUGGAUCCCGCAGCUCCUUUCAAACUCUGUUAUUCCACCUUCUGUGGAGCCGCUUUUCCACAGAGGGCUUCCCAUCACUUCUUCCUCCAAAAGCGUUCUUCCUCUCUUCGACAUGCCCGCUUUUCGACUCUGGACAGAAAAGUCCUCGCAGCUUCCCUCUCCAGUCUUCCCCUUCCUUGGUUCUUGUUAUUUUGGACCACGAGCUUUAAUAACCACUUUGGGGAGCGGGGGGGAGCGUGGCGGGAGGUCUGCCUGUGUUCCUUACCCACAGGGCCAACUACGGCUGAGCAGGAGUCGGCGGGGCCUUCUCUUAAUUCCAGCCACUCUCCGCGGCCUCCGAAUCUCAAACUUGAACCCUCCCAUCCAGCUGUUCGGGUGUGCACGUGUGUGUGUGUGUGUGUGCGCGUGCUUGGGUAUGUACGCAUGUGGGAUCCCCCUCAAAUCUCUUAUUUUCUUUUAAAGGGGGGGGAGAAAUACUGUAGAAAAGAAAAGUGGUGCAAAUCGAAUGUCCUGGGCCGAGGCAGGGUCUGCUGUCGGUCAUCUUUGCUCCUUCUGCUGGGAGGCGGGGAGCACGUUGCUCAAUGCUGCUCUCUCCGCCCCUUUGGCCACAUCCGUCUUUGGGGUCGGGUGAGGACUCGUUCCCUCUUAAAAGGUGCCCAAUUCUGUCCAUUUCGCUUUCACUUGUUCAUUUCUUCUCUCCCCCCCAUCUCUUUGUCUUCCCCAUCAUCCCAUUUUAUUUUAUUGCCGUACUUUUGUGUUACUAGAAACAACCUGGACUGGAUUGGGGAAGUGCAGCAAAAGAAACUGUUUAUCCAGUCCGGAAACCCUCCCCUCUUGGUUAGAAUGGGGUUGGGUGGGUUGUUUUUUUUGUUUUUUUUUCAAAGCCCUUCUUUUCCUCCCUUCCUCUUCUCUCCCUUCCCUCUCCCUCUCUCUGUUUUUCCUCCCUCACCCUGCCCACCAUCCUUCUCACCCUGUGCCCCGUCUGGGUUUUCAGAUGGCAUCAGACACAGGCACCGCCUUUUCUGUGUGCGUUGGGGAGGGGAGGAUGGCACGAGACUGAUUUACAAUUUGGUCACGUAUCUUCUUUUUUCUUUUUUUCCAUUUUCUUUUAAUAUAUACUUGAACGUUCAUUUAUUACUAAAGCAUUACUUGAAAAAAAAAAACGCAGCGAUAGCUUGUGGAAUCGGAGGCGAGGUUUUCGGUGUUGGGUUGUGUUUUUUUUAUUAUUAUUUUUUACGGUUCUGUUGGGUGCUUUUUUUAUUGUUUUAAGAAAAUUGGUUUCGUUGUUUCCUUUUUUAUUUUUUUAUUUUUUAUUUUUUUCCCAUUUGUCUGAAAGUCAACAAAGUAAGUCCUUCCCUCUCACUCCAUUAACCAAAGAGGGCCAAGGUAUCUUAAUUUUUUUUCUCUCUCCUCCAUCUCCAUUUCUGGAGGGUUUCUUUUAUUUUUAUUUUUUUCCCUUCUGCCUAGUAGCGUUCUGUCCUUUACUCACAACUCUUACAGAACAAGUAUUAAACAAUUUUGAGGAGUGGAGGCUUUGGGGGCUAAGCUUGGGUGGAAAUAUUGUAUAUUUGAGGGAGGGUGUCAGUGGAUCUUUUCCAGAUCUUAUGGCACUGCAUAAAUAUGUACUGUAUGGCCUGUCCUCAAUUUAGUGGUCCUGUCCGCGUCCCAUUCCCACACUCCAUGGUGCAAAACAAGGAAACUGGGCUUCAUUCCACACAACCAGCCUCCUCGUUGUUUUGGGGCCUCCACUCUUCAUUUCUCCUUCAUGUAAAAGGAGAGGUAUACACUAAGAGGGAAGAGCCAUCUAUCUACAGAUAUUUGGGGAGGGGAGGGGGGCUGCCAUGGUGAGCCUCCCAUCCUCGUCCGCUUCUCCUCUGAAGAGAGUGGCAGCAGCCAAGGGAAAUGCUCUUUUCAAGCGUAUUUUUUGAGGUUUGUUUAUUUUUUUAUCAUUGUUUUUUUUUUUAAAUGGAUGUUUUAUCUCUUGAAAAAAAAAAAGAAAAGAAAAAUACCUCAGGUUUAAAAAGAAACGGUGAAGAGUGAGAGGAAAAACGUGGGAAUGCCAUCCCAGGGUGGCAUUAUUCUUCUAAAGCAAGGGUGGGCAGUUACGGCCCUUUCACCACUUGUGAACUUCAACCCCCAUAAUCCCUGACCAAGGCAGCCAUGUUGACUCAGGAAUUCUGGGAGUUGAAGUCCACGGGUGGCGAAGGGGCCAUCGUCGCCCACUCCUGCUCUAGAUUGCUGCUUUAGGGACCGCACAUGUUGGGCGGGAAGCCCACUGCACCAGUGUGGAGAGGCAUCCGUGGCUCAGUGCUCGGGUAGAGAUGGACGCAAGUGAUCGCUCUCCCUUCCAUCGCCCUAACCCUCACCUCAGUUUUCCUCACCCAUUAUCACUCCAAAGACAGGCGCUUGUAUCAGGGUGCAGGCCCGUCUCUCGAUCCCAAUGGAAAAGGAACA